GCUGAGCGUCGGAAUAUGUUACGGUGUACCCUUUUGUCGAGUUCAAGCUAACCAGGAACACCAGCAAUUUCUUUCAACUUAGCAGAACUGUCAAAUGGAAACGCAAAAGAAAUGAUAUUAAUAUAUUGCGAUUAGCUAAGAUACAUUUCGCUGAAGAAUUUACAUUUCGCUGUUGAGAGGCUGCCCGUGUAUUUUGAAUUACAGUGGGUCGUGUCUAAUUCCAGCUAACGUUAGCCAGCUUAUUCAACUCGUGAAGGUAAAAUGGCUUGUGAGCCCAACCGUGUUCGGCUGCUAUGCAUGCUUUCGUUGACUUUUGGGUUUUUCAUCGUGGAGGUAGUCGUCAGUCGAAUAACCGCAUCCUUAGCAAUGCUGUCGGAUUCUUUUCAUAUGCUGUCGGAUGUCAUAGCGUUGGUGGUGGCUCUGGUGGCCGUUCGCUUUGCGGAGAAAACGCAGGCGACAAACAAAAACACCUUCGGAUGGAUUCGAGCGGAGGUUAUGGGGGCUUUGGUUAACGCGGUGUUUCUCACUGCCCUCUGCUUUACUAUCAUCCUGGAGGCCAUCGAGCGAUUCACCGAGCCUCACGAAAUCGAAAGCCCACGGGUGGUCAUCGGGGUUGGGGCUGCGGGGCUCGUCGUGAACCUGCUGGGGCUAUGCAUGUUCCACGGACACGGGGGUGGCGGACACGGGCACUCCCACGGAGGCCAUUCUCACGGGAAUAAAAAGAACAAGAGGAAUAAACUGUGCAAAUCUGAAAGACCCCCCGGUAAUGGAUCAUCCGGCGAGGAGACGAACAACCUUGUCGGAAAUUGCAACAACAGCCCAAAUGGGGUUAACACUGAUAGACGAGCCAGGCACGAAAUCCAGCGGAACGACAGCCUGGAGGUCCAGAUGAACGGCAGCGCCCCGUUCGAGGAGCUGGAGCAGGGCCACGACUCGGCCUCGCAGCUCAACAUGCGCGGGGUGUUCCUGCAUGUCCUGGGAGACGCCCUGGGCUCGGUCAUCGUGGUGGUCAACGCCCUCAUCUUCACCUUCGUCUGGCAGCCCUGCCAGCCCGGCGAGCUCUGCAUCAACCCCUGCACCGACAGCCACUGCACCGACCACCAGCACGUCAACCACACGCUGGUGGAGCUGCUGGGCAACGGCACCCAGGCGGUGGCGACAGCCGGGCCCUGCUGGGUGCUCUACCUGGACCCCACCCUCUGCAUCACCAUGGUGUGCAUCCUGCUGUACACCACCUACCCGCUGCUGAAGGAGUCGGCGCUCAUCCUGCUGCAGACGGUGCCCAAGCAGAUCGACAUGCACAAGCUGAACGAGAAGCUGCGCAGCGUUGAGGGCGUGCUGGCCGUGCACGAGCUGCACAUCUGGCAGCUGGCGGGCAGCCGCAUCAUCGCCACCGCCCACAUCAAGUGCCACGACCCGGCCUCCUACAUGGACGUGGCCAAGCGCAUCAAGGACUUCUUCCACGACCAGGGCAUCCACGCCACCACCAUCCAGCCCGAGUUCGCCACCGUCAACUCCGAGUCGCGCAUCUCCCUGUGCGAGCUCUCCUGUCGGACCCAGUGCGCCCCCAAGCUGUGCUGCGGCGCCAGCGACAAGCCCGCCGUCCCCGGGCCUGAGAAGAAGUCCGGGGAUGGCAAGGCCGCCGCCCUGGAGGUCAUCAGCGAGACGACGGAGCAGGCCCCCGCCAGCGCCCCCAUCCAGGUGGUGCCCAGGCAGGACCAGGAGAUCACCUUCUCCAGAGAAGUGGAGUCAUCUCUGUGAGAGGGAGGGGUGGUGAAAUUGGUGGUGCAGCCCAAGAAACUGAACCGGGAGAGGCCAGGGGGAAGGGGUCAGUGUUAGAGGAUACCCCCCCCCCCCCCCUCCCCCGGUCAGUUGGACCACAGUCCACAAUUUCCUGAUGACAAGGGCCUCCCUCUGUCCCCAAUCCCACCCAGCCCCCACUCCUCCCUUCUCUAUCUCAAAGCAUUCACAGCACCAUGCUAAUCUACGUUAGGUCACUUCUCACUCAGGCAUGGCCACGGCCUGCUUCAUGUGUCUCAUUAUCAGUGUGUCGUGAUAAGUGGUUGGGUGGUGUAACCGUGCCAAAGCAUCUCCAUACCGGACGCUGGGGACUUUCAACCCUGUGGGGGACAAAGACCAACAAAUACACACACAAACACACGCGCACUCGCACGCGCACACACAGACACACACAUGCACGUCUAAACACACAUGCAGGCUUCAGUAGAAGAAGAAAUCUCAUCUUUUGUCAUGGACUCUCUGCUUUUUUUUUUUUUUAAGUAGGUGUUGCACAGCAUAUUUUUCAGCCCUUUGCCCCAACUGAAAAAUAUUUUAUGAAAAAAAAAAACAUAAUUUAUGUAUUUAAGUUAUUAGUCAUCACUAUCUAUCUGUAGAAGAUGCUUUUAUAAAAUGUAGCUGGUUGAAAAGUAGAAAAACACUCUUUGAGUUUGCUGCCUCUGAUAGGGGAAUUUGGCCUGAACCACCUAUGCUGUAACUUUGAUUGGGGGAAGUGACGUUAGAGCACUGUCCGCACAGACUUGUUUUCUUGCCUUGAGACUCGCUUUUAAAACAGUCUGUGUAAUCAGAAGAGCAGCAGUGUUGGUAUCUGUUUUCACCAUGCCUUUAACUACCCUGAAUAGCACAGAGAAUGGCUAACCGCGCAUUUACUGUAUUUGACAGAGGAGGCAGACUUUGUUAGAAUGCUAAACAGUCUGAUGCCUUGCAUUAACUCCCACAUCUGUGCAACUUCCUAGGAUUUAAAUGCUGGUGGGCACUGGACUGAAAAGAAAGCUGUUCUGAAUACUAUCCUCUCUAUUUUGCAACUAUGCUGGAAGACAUUUAUUCCUUGUGGAAGAACAGUGUUGUUGAAUUCUUCUACUAUUCCACAGUGAAUGUUUCGGGGAAGACUUUCUGAAAAGUCUGUUGUUUAAUUUCUGAGACAUUGUGCUACAACUUUGCAUUGACCAAACUAAAGCGUGUUGUGUGAAUCACUGAACUAUAUGAUGUGUAAGAAACCCAGCCACUUCUGAGAUGCUAAAGAGCACCACUUGGUUGGCUACUCGGACGGGGAGGACCACUCCUCUGAGAUCCUAAUUGCAAGUUUAAAAGACUAUUUUUCUACUCUGUAGUUAGGAUUUUCAAAUCUGAUGGGUCAGUCAGGUUUUGUGUACUAAGUUCAGCAAUGUUAGUGGCCUUUCCAAGAGUUUGAAAUCUUUGUAAACUCCCUCAUUUCUAGGUAUUUAAACACUGUCUGUUAAAUGGUGAUUCGUGAAUGCAUUUCAGAUUUCCAAGCAAAUUAAAUGUAUGCAAUAUGGAAAGACAUGUUUUGGAAACAAUACUUUGACACGGUUUAAAAUACCUGGUUACUGUUGCUUGAUGGAACUGUGAAACCAGAAGAGUUUAAACGCUCUAUGUGCAAGAUUAAUCUGAGACGUGUCAUUAUUGAAUUUUAAAUGUAC